AAGCAGCACAGUAGAGAAGAGAGGCAGAGGCAGCACAGUUAACCUCUGCGAACAUGGGGAACUGGGCUGUGAAUGAGGGACUCUCCAUCUUUGUCAUUCUGGUGUGGUUGGGGCUGAAUGUCUUCCUCUUUGUCAAGUAUUACAAGGUUUAUGACGAUGAGCCUAAAUAUAAUUACACUCGAAAACUUCUUGGGUCAGCACUGGCUCUGGCCCGGGCACCUGCAGCCUGCCUGAAUUUCAACUGCAUGCUGAUCUUGCUGCCAGUGUGUCGGAAUCUCCUCUCCUUCCUCAGGGGUUCCAGUGCGUGUUGCUCAACCAGAAUUCGAAGACAACUGGACAGGAACCUUACUUUCCAUAAGAUGGUAGCUUGGAUGAUAGCACUUCACACGGCCAUUCACACCAUUGCACAUCUGUUCAACGUGGAGUGGUGUGUGAAUGCCAGAGUCGGGACUUCGGACCCAUAUUCAGUAGCACUCUCUAACAUUGGAGACAAAGAAAAUGAAGAGUAUCUCAAUUUUGCUAGAGAAAAAAUCAAGAACCCUGAAGGGGGCCUGUAUGUGGCUGUGACUCGGUUGGCUGGCAUCACAGGAAUUGUCAUCACACUGUGUCUUAUAUUGAUCAUCACAUCCUCCACCAAAACCAUUCGGAGGUCUUACUUUGAAGUGUUCUGGUAUACACACCAUCUCUUUGUGAUCUUCUUCAUCGGCCUUGCCAUCCAUGGAGCUGAACGAAUUGUACGUGGACAGACUUCGGACAGUUUGAAAGAGCAUAAUUUAGAUGUUUGUGCAGACAAAAUCAAAGAAUGGGGAAAAAUAAAGGAGUGCCCAGUACCAAAGUUUGCCGGAAACCCUCCUAUGACUUGGAAAUGGAUAGUGGGUCCCAUGUUCCUGUACCUUUGCGAGAGGUUGGUCCGGUUUUGGCGUUCUCAACAGAAGGUGGUCAUCACUAAGGUGGUCACGCACCCUUUCAAAACCAUCGAGCUUCAGAUGAAGAAGAAGGGAUUCAAGAUGGAGGUGGGACAGUACAUUUUUGUCAAGUGUCCCCAGGUAUCCAAGCUAGAGUGGCACCCAUUCACACUGACCUCUGCUCCUGAGGAAGACUUUUUUAGCAUCCAUAUCCGUAUUGUGGGAGACUGGACUGAGGGGCUAUUCAAUGCUUGUGGCUGUGAUAAGCAGGAGUUCCAAGAUGCCUGGAAACUACCUAAGAUAGCAGUUGAUGGGCCCUUUGGUACAGCCAGUGAAGAUGUGUUCAGCUAUGAGGUGGUGAUGUUAGUGGGAGCUGGGAUUGGAGUCACGCCCUUUGCCUCCAUUCUCAAGUCUGUCUGGUACAAAUAUUGUGACAAUGCCACCAGUCUGAGACUCAAAAAGAUCUACUUCUACUGGCUGUGCAGGGACACGCAUGCUUUUGAGUGGUUCGCAGACCUGCUGCAGCUCCUGGAGACCCAGAUGCAAGAAAGAAACAAUGCCAACUUCCUCAGCUACAACAUCUACCUUACUGGCUGGGAUGAAUCUCAGGCCAAUCACUUUGCUGUGCACCACGAUGAGGAGAAAGAUGUGAUUACAGGCCUAAAACAGAAGACUCUGUAUGGACGGCCCAACUGGGAUAACGAGUUCAAGACCAUUGCAAGUCAACACCCCAACACCAGAAUAGGAGUUUUUCUGUGUGGCCCCGAAGCCUUGGCUAAAACUCUCAGUAAACAGAGCAUCUCCAACUCUGAGUCCGGCCCACGUGGAGUCCACUUCAUCUUCAACAAGGAAAACUUCUAACUCAGCUCUUUCCCAAGGAAACCAGCGUAUGCAGCCAAAUGCCCUGAUAUUGCCGGUUGAUUGUGGGAGAGGAGGAGGAAAGGAAACUGUACUCGCACAGGCCCCCUAAAAAGAAUUCCAAAGAUUGUUCGCUAGUCAUAGGUCAUCUUUACACGGAGCGUCAUGGUUUCAGAGCGCCUUUUACAAACAUUGUUAUGUUGCAUUGUUUCAUAUUUCCCUCUGCCAUGCGAGAAGAGGGUAAGGCAAAAGCAUUUUCCGGGACUUGUUCUAAGAUAAAUAAUAGGAACACAAAUGAGUUCAACACCUUCUUCCUUUCAAUUCAGAAGCUGAAACCAGAUCUAAGCCAUCUGACUCUGGGUAUGGCCAUUUUUUUCACAUUUAAUACCAAGUUAUCUCAAGAGUCAGUUCUUAUACUCUCCCCGAGCAAAUCAAAGAGUAGCUUAUCUUUCUUCAUUUUUUUUGUUUCAUCUUUAACCUUAGCAUCAUGCUAAAGGAGACUUUUUUUUAAUAGGAGAUAGUGACACUGACAGUGACUUAAUACUUACUAAUGACAGUAUUGAUACAAGUAUUUUCCAGUUUACCAGCACAACAGCGUAACUGGGUCAGAGACUAUUCCUACUAAGGAAUAUUAGACUGAUUGGAGGCAGGAGGGUUGAAUUUAGAGACCUAUCCUCCUAUGAUGAUGCUGGCUAACACUUCUCGUCUACUCUGUAAGCUGGAAAAGAAAAACAUUCAUUUACUAACUGGUCUGCUCCAGCCAACCCUUGUGAAUUUUGAACUGAAUUCUAGCAAAUGUAUACCUGAUAAUACGUAACCUGCUUAGAAUGCAUUUCUCCUUUGGCUUAAAUUCCUACACAAAUAGAUCUUAUGUGUAUAGACAAUGAUGUUUUUUAUUACAGCAUUUUCAUCACCACUGGAAUCAGUAUCACAAUCAUCCUGAAAUAUAAGUCCUAGAAACUGUAAUCCCCAAAUAACUGGGUACAUAGUAAAAUCACACCCAAUAUUUUAUGGGUAUUCAGAAGUGAAGGACAGAGUCUAGAUCACUGCUAGAGUAGUCAGAUGUGAAAAGCAUCCCUCAGGGGCUGGGGAUUUAGCUCAGUGGUAGAGCGCUUACCUAGGAAGCGCAAGGCCCUGGGUUCGGUCCCCAGCUCCGAAAAAAAGAUCCAAAAAAAAAAAAAAGAAAAGCAUCCCUCCUCCCAUUUCUGGGGACUAAAAGCAUUUCUGUUACCCCACCACUAGGGAUACAAAUGACUCUUCAGCUUUAGUAAUGAGGAAGGAAGAGUAGAGAGAGGGCAGAGGCCUUGUUGGAGAGAAAGCAUGGAGAUAACAGGAGACAAAGGAAAGCACAACACUCAAAAGGAAAAAGGCGGGGGAAAGGAUCUCACAGUGUUGGCAUUCACCCUCUAUUUUUCUUUGGUAUGUACCACAUGUAACUGAAGGAUGCAUGCACUCAUCUUGUUUUGACUUCAUGUAGUAUUGCAUAGUUUCAAUGCUGGUCACAAAUUUUGCUAUUGUAGGGGCAUUUUUGAAGGGACUAGAUGAAGUGUGAGCCCAGAUUCUCCUUAUAUUCCUGCUAUACCCUUGUUCUCUUACCAUCCUUAGAGCACUGAAGGCUGGUUCUGGCAAAUAAGGCCUUCCUAGAAAUGCAUAUGCACCACAAGGAUUGUUGCCCUUGGAGAAAGGUCCAGCCCCUUUGUGUUGUGCCCCAGGCAUUAGUUCAUUCAUUCUUUCAGUCACAAGGAAUCUGAAAAUACCUUUCUAACAAAGAUGGUAAUGAGUCUGUUUGUUGUUCCAAGAAUGUUUCUCCAGUUUUCUGGGGUUUUUUUUCUUCCUUUUUUCUUUAUUAUUCUCACACACAAUAGAUCCAGACUGCAGCCUCCCUCCUCCCUCUCUCUAAGCCCUACCUCUGCACCUCCUCUUCCCCAGGUCCAUUGUUCCUCUGUUUCCCUUAAAAAAAAAAAAGAGCAGGCCUCCCAGGGAUAUCAGCUGAACACAGCAUAACAAGAUGCAAUAAGAACAGGCACAAACCCUCUUAUCAAGUCUGGAUGAGGCAACCCAGUAGGAGGAAAAGGAUCCCAUAAGCAGGCAAUAGUUGAUAUCAACAUAGUUCCCAAAAUAGAGAUCUACACUGAGUUAUUCUGGUUAUGAGAUGGAAAAUGAGUGCAGUGCGCAUGUGCUUCUUGUUUGAGAACUUCCUUCUUUUUCCUCCCAAGUUCCUGGCUCCCAGCCACCAGCUGCCAGCACAACUCUCUCCACAGUUAGUUCUUAGAAUUUAGUAACAGAUACUGAGAUCUGUCUUUAGUAACAAAUAUAAAAUGAGAAUAUAAGUCUAGAAACGAUUUUCCUGGGUUUUUCCGCUUUUGCAGUAUCAUGUUUAUGGAAUUUGAAUUCUUGCAGCCAUUGUAUAUGAAUAGUCUGGGGUAGAAGAUGAUCUGGAGACAAUUUUUAGAAAUAACUAUUAAAGCUUGCUUUGAUGCUGAAA